UCAGGGUGUACCUCCUGACCAAAGGUAGCUGGAAUAGGCUCCAACAGUCCCGCAACCCUUGUGAGGAUACGCGGCGAAGGUAAGACAAGUGAGCUGUUGAUGCAAUCAAGCCAUUCGACACGUGAGGUGGAGUCAUUGCUACAGUCAUUCGUCACGUUCAAAAGCUGUAGCGGGGCGGUGUGUACACCAAGCGGCGAGUGUUGAGAACUGCAUGCAGUGAGUUUUCCUGGGGAAACACAAGGAGAGCUCAUCCUCAUCCUCACCUCCCACCCACUUGCGGUGCUCGGUGUGGCUGCGGCGAUCCAAGCGCACCAGGGACGUGAACGCAGCGCGGGGCUCGGUCGAACCUCAGAGUAGAAUUAAACCGUUGCUAAAUACAUCCGUCGAGGACCGUCCUCUCGGCCACGAUGGGGAACCGGGGCAUGGAGGAUCUGAUCCCCCUGGUGAACCGCAUGCAGGAUGCCUUCUCCGCCAUCGGUCAGAAUGCCAACCUGGAUCUGCCUCAAAUCGCCGUGGUGGGCGGACAGAGUGCGGGGAAAAGCUCGGUGCUGGAGAACUUCGUGGGCAAGGAUUUCCUUCCACGUGGUUCUGGUAUCGUGACCCGUCGUCCUUUGGUUCUGCAGCUGAUGAACGCACCCACAGAGUAUGCUGAGUUCCUCCACUGUAAGGGAAAGAAGUUUACAGACUUUGAUGAGGUCCGUCAGGAGAUUGAGGCUGAGACUGACCGCAUGACGGGUGCCAACAAGGGCAUCUCGCCUGUUCCUAUCAAUCUGAGAGUGUACUCACCUCAUGUGCUAAACCUGACGCUGGUGGACCUCCCUGGCAUGACCAAAGUACCUGUGGGUGACCAGCCAGCUGACAUCGAGACUCAGAUUCGGGACAUGCUGCUGCAGUUUGUCACCAAGGACAACUGCCUGAUGCUUGCUGUUUCGCCAGCCAACUCGGAUCUGGCCAACUCGGAUGCUUUAAAGAUUGCCAAAGAGGUUGACCCUCAGGGUAUGCGGACCAUCGGCGUGAUCACCAAACUUGACCUCAUGGACGAGGGGACAGAUGCAAAGGACAUCCUGGAGAAUAAGCUGCUUCCACUCAGAAGAGGCUACAUUGGUGUGGUCAACCGUAGCCAAAAGGACAUUGAUGGAAAGAAAGACAUCACCGCUGCCCUGAGCGCCGAGAGGAAGUUCUUUCUCUCUCACCCUGCUUACAGGCAUCUGGCUGACCGCAUGGGCACAGCAUACCUGCAGAAAAUUCUGAACCAGCAACUCACCAACCACAUCCGGGACACGCUGCCGGCUCUGCGCGCCAAACUGCAGAGUCAGCUUCUUUCAAUCGAAAAGGAGGUGGAGGAGUACAAGAACUUCAGGCCUGAUGAUCCAUCCCGCAAGACCAAAGCUCUACUCCAGAUGGUGCAGCAGUUCUCUGUUGACUUUGAGAAGUGUAUCGAGGGCUCCGGGGACCAGAUCGACACAGCCGAGCUCUCCGGCGGUGCUAAGAUCAACCGCAUCUUCCAUGAACGGUUCCCCUUUGAGCUGGUCAAGAUGGAGUUUGACGAGAAGGAGCUCCGCAAAGAGAUCAGCUACGCCAUCAAGAACAUCCAUGGCAUCAGGACGGGUCUGUUCACUCCUGACCUGGCCUUUGAGACAAUAGUGAAAAAGCAGAUCCAAAAACUGAAGGAGCCCACACUGAAGUGUAUAGACAUGGUUGUGAGCGAGCUCACCUUCACCAUACAAAAGUGUAGCCAAAAGCUGGCCCAAUACCCGAUGCUGAGAGAAGAGAUGGAAAGAAUCGUCACUCAGCACAUCAGAGACCGAGAGAGCCGCACUAAAGGCCAGGUGCUCCUGCUGAUUGACAUCGAGUUGUCCUACAUGAACACCAACCACGAGGACUUCAUUGGCUUCGCCAAUGCCCAGCAGAGGAUCAACCAGAUGAACAAGAAGAAGGCUGCGGGAAAUCAGGAUGAGAUCAUGGUGAUCCGAAAGGGAUGGUUGACCAUCAACAACAUCGGAAUCAUGAAGGGCGGAUCCAAGGAGUACUGGUUUGUCCUCACCGCCGAAUCCCUGUCCUGGUACAAGGAUGACGAGGAGAAGGAGAAGAAAUACAUGCUGCAGGUGGACAACUUGAGGCUGCGAGAUGUUGAGAAAGGCUUUAUGUCCAGCAAGCACAUUUUUGCCCUUUUCAACACCGAGCAAAGAAAUGUUUACAAGGACUACCGUCAGCUGGAGUUGGCCUGCGAGAGUCAGGAGGAUGUCGACGCAUGGAAGGCCUCCUUCCUGCGAGCCGGCGUGUACCCUGAACGCGUCACGGACAAGGAAGGAAAGAGCGACACAGGUGAUGAAAACGGCUCUGACGGUUUCAUGAACAGCAUGGACCCCCAGCUGGAGCGUCAGGUGGAGACCAUCCGCAACCUGGUUGACUCCUACAUGGCCAUCGUCAACAAGACAGUCCGUGAUCUGAUGCCCAAAACCAUCAUGCACCUCAUGAUUAAUAACUGUAAAGACUUCAUAAAUGCCGAGCUCCUGGCCCAGUUGUACUCGUGCGGCGACCAGAACACGCUAAUGGAAGAAUCUCAGGAGCAGGCGCAGCACCGCGACGAAAUGCUGCGGAUGUACCACGCCCUUCGAGAGGCGCUCCACAUCAUCGGCGACAUCAGCACAACCACCGUCUCUACGGCCAUGCCGCCGCCUGUCGACGACUCGUGGCUGCAGGUCCAGCGGGGCGGAUCUGGAGGAAGGUCCCCCGCCACUAGUCCGACUCCGAACCGCAGGGCACCUCCGGGCCCCCCAGCUCGGCCCGGUUCUCGCGGGCCUCCUGCUGCCGGGGGACCCCCAAUACCAUCGCGGCCGGGGGCUUCUCCAGACCCUUACAGUGGGAUGCCGCCCACUGUGCCCUCUCGGCCGAACCGCGCACCCCCCAGUGUGCCCAGUCGGAGACCCCCACCUUCUCCGACCCACUAGACCUCCAUGCUCCUCCUCCUUCCUCCCCUUCUUGCUUCCUUCCUCUUCGGGCCAACUGCGCCAUCUUCCCGUCUUCUGCGGCAGUGGCUCCAUCCUCCUGCUCCUUCCUCCAACCCUCAAAUUCCGUGAUUUGUUGACCAAACAGAUGCACAACAGCUCCACAUACAUGUUGCAUGGCCCCCUAAAACACACAGACUCAGGUAAAAUAAACUGUGAGUCUAAUAAAAGCUGUGUAUGACUCGGUUGCAUUUUUAAUAUUGUCAUGUGUGAAGAAAAGUUAACCCCUGCUAAAAAAAAAUUCUAUAGAAAUCUAUAGAACUUUGGCUGUGAUUUUCGAUAGAAUUUCUACAGAACAAUAGAAUUUCUAUAGAAAUUCUAUAGGACUUGGAUCCUAAAGUGCUAUAGUCCUUUAGAAAUUCUUUAGAAAUGUUCUAUAGAAAAUUUUUGACAGGGAACCACUUUAUCAUAAAAUGAAAAUAAAGCAACAACUCCCUUGACAUAGCUAAUAUCAGAUACACGCAUACCUGAUGCAUGACCUACUAAAACGCCGACUCUAUUAAAAGGAACUCUGUGUAUGACCCAGGUGACAUUUUUAAUCAAACCAGUUGUCUUACACGUUUUAAAGUUAACCACUGCGUCAUCACACUAAAUUAAAGUGAAAUUACCAUUCUGCAGCUACAUGCCAAUUACGUUAGCAUCAGCUUUGUACAAAGUUAAUGUGUCUAUAAAAGAGUUCAAAUUGAUUUGUUUGAAAAGAGAGGGAAAAUACAUUUUCAGCCCAGUUAGCAUCUUCUGUCACUUUUAUGCUAGCCAUGUCCAUUCUGUGGCUACGUGCUACAGCGGUACCUCUACUUACUAAAUUAAUUCGUUCUGGAAGUCGUUUCGUAAGGGGAUUUUUUUCAUAAGUAGUACCACUUUUUAAAUGUAAAAAAAACUCAUGAAAAAAGUUGUACUUUACCAAUGUAUGCUAGCUUGUGACAGCAUGUGAAAGCACUAACGUCAAGUGUCCAUGGGAAACGAAAAGCAUUAUGGAUAGAGAUUGAUGUCUCCCCCUAUCCAAUGGCAUGCCAGCAAAAUGCUACGGCGAUAGCCAAUGGGAGAGCAGCUCUAUCGCGCCACACAAACCAAGAUACAGGAUGUUUACGUUUGGUGGGAUUUGGGGGGUGCGAAUCCAGCGCCUAUUUUCACCUGGAGGCGUUUCGUAACCUCAAGUUUUGGUUACUGGAGACGUUCGUAAGUCGAGGUACCACUAUAUUUACAUUAGCGUCUGCUUGGUACAAAGUGCAUUUGUGUAUAAAAAUCUUAAAUUUGACUUAAUUCAUUGUACUGCAGAUAUAAACCCCUUCCCUCAGUCGUUCUAAGCACUGUUUGUGGUUCUAUGGUUAUCAUCGCACUUUUUCUCUGGCUCGUCACUGGUAACACAACACACACACAAAUGCCAAAGAAAAAGCAAAAGACGUGACGUGGGCUUGAACUCCGUUGCGAGUGAAUCGAUGACCUUUAGUGUGACAUCAUCCUGCUCUUACCAUAUACGGUCGUCUCACGCACUCUUUCUGAACAGCAGGCUGAAAAGGGGCCGAGGAGACACCACCCCCUUCUUUUUUCAUCACUUCAUCCAUCCACCAUCACUCACUCACUCUGCAUAUCUUACACCAAAGCUAUGCAAUGCAGGAAUGCCCCUUCCCUCUCUCCCUCCCUCAAAC